AAAUUUUUCUAUUCUUUUUUCUUUUUUCUUUUUUUCUUCUUCUUUCUCCUUUCCCUUUCUCUUUCUCCUUCCCCUUUCUCUUCCUCCUUCCCCUCGGAACCCACCCAGCCCUGGGUUCGACGAACCUAGCGAACCCAGGGCUGGUGGGUCCUGGUUGUCAAACCCAGCCCUGGGUUCAACAUACCCAGGUCGAACCCAGUUGAACCCAGCCCUGGGUUCGAUGAUCCCAGCCAACACCAGCCCUGGGUUCGACGAACCCAGGUUGAACCCAGGGCUGGUGUUGGCUAGGUUCGUCGAACCCAGCCCUAGGUUUCUUCUCGAACCUAGGCACCUGGGUUUCGUUUGCACCCAGGCGCUGGGUCUCUUCUUGAAUCCGAGCACUGGGUUCCUUCGAGAACCCAAGAACUGGAGGUACGAUGGCCCUAUCUAUGGAUUCAACAACCAACCUGUUCAAGUCGAAGGAGUUCUUACUUUCAAUGUUGCUUUUGCGAGUGGCCAAACUUAUGUUACCCCUUCAGUUCGAUUUUUAGUUGUCAAAAUGGCGUUCUCUUUCAAUGUUGUUAUUGGCUUACCCACAUUGACCGAAAUCCGAGUUGUGGUUUCCCAAUCUCAUCUUUACAUGAAGUUCCCAACUCCCAUUGGGAUAGUAACACUACGGGGCAACCGGGAGCAAGUAAUGGGUGUUGAGAUAGUAGAUAACCGACCAGAGGAUGAAACCAGAGCUGCUCCAGUUGAAGAUGUCGAGGAAGUGCAAAUUGACGACAAAGAUCCAAGCAGAAAGACACAAAUUGGAACUCGAUUGAGCCCGAAGGAAAGAGCAAAGCUAAUAGCUUUUCUCCGCGCUAACAACGAUGUCUUCACUUGGACUUCGGCAAACAUGCCAGGAAUUCCAACCUCGAUAUCCCAACAUAAGCUCAGCACCAAUCCAUUGAAGAAACCAGUAGCCCAAAAGCGACGUCUCUUAUGGGGGGAGAGGCUUCAGGUUAUAAAGGAAAAGGUAGAGAAGCUCCUACAAGCUGGUUUCGUCAGAAGAGUUGAUUACUGCGAAUGGGUGGCUAACCUAAUGUUGGUUAAAAAGGCAAAUGGUGCCGAUGGCUCCAAAGGAUGAAGAGAAAACCUCAUUCUAUGCUGGUGACGAAAUUUAUUGCUAUGUCAUGAUGCCAUUUGGCUUAAAGAACGCAGGUGCUAUUUACUAGAAAAUGGUGACCAUCGUCUUCUAAGCUUAGAUCGGCAGGAAUCUGGAAG